CUGAGAAGAUGGAGCACGCUGAGGUGAAUGAGGAGGAGGCCGCCGCCUCCGCCUCCACCUCCACCUCUUCCCGUCCAGCCCCUCAGGGGAACCUCGGCCGGGAGCAGAUCUUGGACUAUAUCGUGGACAUCUUCUUACGGACGCUGGAAAUCGGCGGGUACAAACAUUUUGUGAGGUGCUACAAGCAUCUCUACAAAUCACAGCCUGAACUCACAAAGUGUAUUUAUAAUCAGUUUCUAUCCCACCUGCAAAGCUCAGUUCAGGGGGAAAUCCGAGAGCUGAAGGAAGAAGGGAAUCUCACGGUGCUCUUUCAAUCGCUGGAUGAGCUUAUAGAAGGAGCCAAGGGCCGGGAAACUCCUGCUUGGCGCCCCAGCGGAAUCCCAGAGGAAGACGCCCGUAGUGUUGUCGUGCCGUACCUCCUGAAACAGCGGAAGUUCCUCCAGAAGGCUUUAAAAGAGAAGGAAAAGGUGAACGCCAAGCUGGCCCAAACUGUGCUGACUGGACGAAAGAAAAUUGAAGAUCUGCAGGAGGAGAUCCGAAAGCGCAAAGAAGAGUGGCAGGCAAUUGCUGAAGAAGGCCGGAAGGUUGUGAGCGUGCUUCACGAGCUCCACUGAACUUGCUGACUUCUCAUGAAAGGAUCCUUAUUUGUGUUGGGAAAUGUGGUAGAGAUCUCCGCACACGCUCUCUCGUGUGAGAUUCCCUGUGAGUUGUUAAUCACGCCAAAAUCCACAGCUGUGGGCGGUUCACCAGUGUAUGAUCCCUGCUGGGCGCUGACCCUGACCCUCCUGCUGCUGGACAUCUUCAAAAUCCUGUUUCUGGGUGCGGGGAUGAUGGAACCACCUCCUGGGUGUUGGACUGUGUCAGCCAGUGUGCCUUUUCAACAGAGCCCCAUGGCUGGUUCGUUGGCCCUGUUCCUCCAAUUUCAGCUGCUUCUGCAUCUUACGUCCAUUCUCUCUUCUUUUGGUAGACUGGAUCUCUGUGAAUCCCACCCGCUCAAAGCUUCUGUCCAAGGGUGACUUGCCACAAAAGGCAGGAUAAAAAAUUCCAUCCUACUAUCUAGAGGUCUGCAAGAGAUGAAGCAGCGUUAAGGUUGCUACAAAAACAUUCCCAGUGCAUAUUAGAAGCCUUUAAAGGGAACGAAGCUGCCGGAAACAAACACGUGUUGGUUCUUGGUCUAUAAAACCAGCAGUGACCGAGUUCCAGACGAACGAGCCUAUCCGAGCCUCUUGGUCUCCUUCUGGAAUAUUUUGCGUUCGUGGCUUUGGAAAUAGUCCUGCCUAAAUAUUUGGUUAGCAUUAAAAGAACAUGGUCAACGUU